UUGGCGGCGGGGGGGAGGAGGUCCCAGCAGUUGUGGAUUCUCUGGAAUUUGCUGUCUAUUUCACGCUCUGAUUUCCCAUCUGGAUUUGGCCCAGAGGGGCGCAUGUUGGAUUUCCCCCCCUUGGCUGCGGCUGGAUUGUCAUGAUGGAGGCGGUUGACAAGGAGUGCGGCGCUCUGGGGGGUCUCUUCCAGGCCAUCAUCAAUGAUAUGAAGACCUCCUACCCCAUCUGGGAGGAUUUCAGCUCCAAAGCCACCAAACUGCACUCCCAGCUCAGGACCACAGUGCUGGCUGCUGUUGCCUUCCUCGAUGCCUUUCAGAAAGUGGCAGACAUGGCGACCAAUACUCGCGGGGCGACACGUGACAUCGGAUCCGCACUGACCCGAAUGUGUAUGAGACAUCGAAGCAUCGAGAGCAAACUUAGACAUUUCACCAACGCUCUCAUGGAGAGUCUAAUAACUCCUCUCCAGGAAAGGAUCGAGGACUGGAAGAAAACCGCAAACACACUGGACAAGGAGCACGCCAGAGAAUACAAGCGAGCUCGUCAUGAGAUCAAAAAGAAAUCUUCUGAUACACUGAAGCUGCAGAAAAAGGCACGAAAAGUAGAAGUUCUCGGGAAGGGUGAUUUACAGCCCCAGCUGGACCACGCUCUACAGGACGUGAACGACAUGUACCUGCUGCUGGAGGAGACGGAGAAGCAGGCCGUGCGCAGGGCGCUUAUCGAGGAGCGCGGGCGCUUCUGUACGUUCGUCGCGCUCUUACAGCCUGUGGUGACAGGGGAAAUCCAUCUUCUGGGAGAGGUGACUCACCUGCAGGCAAUCAUUGAUGAUCUGAUGGUGCUGAGCGAUGAGCCACAUAAACUUCCUGCUGCCAGUGAACAGGUCAUUAAAGAUCUGAAGGGAUCAGACUACUCUUGGUCCUAUCAGACACCUCCGUCUUCUCCCAGCAGCUCGGGAUCUCGCAAGUCUAGCAUGUGCAGUACAAAAACUACCCCCUCCUGGCAAGCUGCCUCGCACCCCCACUCACCGGGUUCCACGUGUCGAUAUCGCAGCCUCCCACAGACCGUCGGAGGUGGCCAGCGCUUGGUCAGUGCGACCUCCCAGGAUUCGGGAUGUAGUUUCCAUGAGACCGCUUACUCCAAGCCACCAUCGCCUAUGCCAUCGGAUAUUACGAGUCAGAAGUCAUCAAGCUCGGCGUCUUCAGAGGCCUCAGAGACUUGUCAGUCUGUCAGUGAGUGCAGCUCACCUACUUCGGAUUGGUCUCGCUCUGGCCAAUAUGAAACUCCCCCGGCCAGUUCAAUGCAGCGCAGGAAGGAUCGCGUAGAACACCUCCGAGAAGCAGAGCUUGGUCCCGGAUAUCAGAGUAUGGAGGAUCCUUACCGCCCUCGGAUGUCCCCCGCUGUCAUUGCUGCUAAGCAUGGAGAGGAGGUGUCCCCGGCCGCCAGUGACCUGGCCAUGGUACUGACCCGUGGACUGAGCCUGGAGCACCAGAAAAGCAGUCGUGAUUCUCUGCAAUACUCUAGUGGCUACAGCACCCAAACCACGACCCCAUCCUGCUCCGAGGACACAAUUCCAUCACAAGGUUCUGACUACGACUGUUACUCUGUGAAUGGCGAUGCAGAUGGUGACGGCUCUGCUGACUUUGACCGAUCCUCCACUGUUCCACGGAGCAGCAGUUUGGCUCAGAAUUACCGCCGUAUGCUCCAAACCAAGCGUCCGGCUUCUACAGCAGGCCUACCUAUUGCAAUGCCUCCUGCUGGCUCUGCUCCACCACCACCACAAGCUGGCUCUACCCCUGGUGUGGCAACAAUACGCCGCACUCCAUCAACCAAGCCCACUGUAAGACGCACUUUAUCCAAUGCUGGACCCAUUCCAUGUCGCCCUCCGAUUGUGCCAGUAAGAACCCCCACAGUGCCAGACUCUCCAGGAGGAGGGCUGGGAGGACGUUCCCGUGUGGGGAGUGAAGAGUGUGUUUUCUAUCUAGGAGGGGAAGACGGGAGCCCCCUUGACUAUGCCAAGGCAUCCCCAAAACGUCUCAGUCUCCCAAACGCAGCCUGGGGAGGAGCAGGAGAGAUGUCUGUCUAUGGCGGUGGAGGAGCGGAUGAAGAAGACAUGGGAGGAGGCCUUCUGGCAGCUAAUCGACACAGCCUGGUUGAGAAGAUUGGGGAGCUCGUGGCAGGGGCUCACGCUCUAGGGGAUGGCCAGUUUCCCUUUCCAUCAGCCCCUGACAGGAGUCAGAUUCCCGCCCCCGCAGGUGGCGGGGGCGGAUCAGAACCACCGGCUGGCGAUAUGCUGGCAUCAAUACGCAGAGGGGUACGGUUACGCCGGACCCAGACAAAUGACCGUUCCGCUCCCCGUAUCUUGUGAUUGUGAGUUGGAAGGUUGCUAGGAUCAAGGAUUGGUGCUCCAGAUGGGGAGGGGAGUGACAUAUACUGUGAUGCAGGAAAAUUGCAAACCUAGAAACCAAGGGGUAAACAUGCAGCUGUAUCCACAACCACAAGGGUUACAUUUGGUUCCAGACCAACAUGUCCGAACCAUUCCAUGCUAGUCGCAUGCAGACCAAAACCAAACACACCAUGUAUUUUCCAUUUGUGAGAACAGCAUUGCUGGAGUGAUCGAGUAGAUGGUGUGUAUGGUCCCCCCCCCCCCCAUGGAAUAUUACUGCUUAACAUACAAUUCUACGAACAUCAUCUGAUUGGACCGAAGAAUACCCCUGAGGUUCACAAGUCAGGAAACUGUCACCUACACCGCCGGAUAACCACAACCAACACACAAAC